GUCAUGUACACUGAUGGAGAUAGAGGGUGGAGUCAGGAGGGCAGCACAGACCGCCCCGGCCCGCUACGGCCCCUCGCUGGAAGACACCCGGGCGGAGAUGGAGAGAUUCAGGUGCAGUGUGACGGAGCAGGUGAGGGCGGCAGAGCUGGAGCUCACUGCCCAGGCGCUCAGAGACACGCUGAGGGACAAAGAGAGGGAGAUAGAGGACACUGUGAGGGACAUGAGGAAGAAACAGGCUGACAGACACAGAAUAACUAUAAGAGAUAAUGUGGAUCAGAUCCGUCUACAAAAGCAGCUUUCUGACAAGAGCACCGCCCUGAGAGUCACCCAGGAGAAGUUCAACGACCUGCAAGAGGAAUAUGAGAGCCAGCUGGAGGAGACUCAGAGGUCGCUGGGGGAGAGUCAGGGCGCUCUGCUGGUGAAGGUGGAGCAGCUGACUGAGCAGCUGAAGCAGGAGAGACAGAGAGUCCUGCAGCUGGAGGGACAACUCAGCACCACCAGACUAUCUCUUCAUACUGUGGACAAGCUACAGGAGCAGAUUUCAGACCUGGAGGGAGAGCGGGAUCUAAUAAAGGAAAACUAUGACACUCUACUAGAUAGUACUUUAUCUGAGCAAAGCCACCACGAUGGUACGGUGGAACAACAUAGAGAGGUGAACCAGAGGAGGGAAGAACGGGGAGAAAACAUCGGCAGCAUGGACAUCCAGAGACUGGAGGAACUGCUGCGGGAGGAGAGGGGGGAGAGAAGCAGGCUGGAGCUGGAGAAGGACAAACUGAGGCGAGAGAAGGAGAUAUUAGAGGAGAGGAGGGAGCGAGAGAGAGAGUCCUCUGGGACGAGCGAUAAAGAUGAGCCUCUGGAACAAGAGGUUCUCCUGUACAGGGAGCAGAUUGCUGUUCUGCAGGACAAACUGGACUCUGUCAGCAAGGUGUUUGACAUGAGUGUUGAGGAUCUCAGUGACACUCUUUUACAGAUCAAGGCAUUCAGGAUGCAGCAGGAGAGCAGGGCGGGGCUAGAUUUCCUCUGGGCUGAUGGGCAGGUGGAGGAUUCGCCUCGUGAGCUGGUGAACAUCCAGGCUGUACAUGCUGAGACUGUGCUGGAGUUACAGAAAACCCGGAACCUUCUCCUGCUAGAGCACCGCAUCAGUAAAGACCUGCAGGAAGAGCUGAAAACAGUUAUCCAGAAGCUGGGGAAUGAGAGGGAGGAGAUGAGGAGGAGGAUGACAGAGAAAAACAAGCUUUUAUCCAAAAAAGCUCUUCAGAUCAACGCUUUACAAGCUCAGUUGAAAGAGUUAGCAUACAGCCCCAGAAACUACAAACGGACCGUACCACUACAGUACACCUGGCCAGCUGGAAACCAGGAGUUGGUACAGCCCAUUGAUGAAGACAUGUCUCAUUCUCAGAUGAUGCCUGGGGAGUCACUGUUGGAGAUCCACCUGAAGGCCGCCACCUUCACCCCAGCAGGGCUUCGUACCCUCGGCAGCGUCUGCGGGGAAGACAUCGUGACCUUCUGCACCUACAGCCUGUUGGACUUUGAGGUGCACUCCACCCCUCUGGUGUCAGGCUGCCAGCCCGAGUACGGCUUCACGUCCCGCUACGCUCUGACUGCCCGAGAUCUGGGCAGGCUGGGGGGUCAGGGGUCGAGGGUCAGAGUGGAGCUCCACCAGGGGCUAGGAGGGGUCCGGUUUGUGACACAUGGAAGCGGGCAGAUGUCCCUCAUGGCUGCCAUGGAAAGAAGAGGGGAGUGCAUUGUUGGACGUGUCAAUAUCACAGACUCCGAUGGGGCGUUUGUUGGUGUUGUGGAUUUCUGGGUGCGCCUGUUUGAUCCUGCAGAGCCUGAGAGAGCCUCUGACAGGAGGACCACGGCACAGAGGGGUCCGGGGCUCGUCUCUCUGGGCUGGCAGGAUGCUGGUCAUCAGGAGUUAUAUGACUACGGUGGAGGGAUCCCCAAUGAGUUGGUGGUUGUCGUGGAUCGCUGUGUGGGCCUUAACUCCCGCUGGCCUGGUCUCCUCCCUGAUGCCUACCUGACGUACAGGUUCUACGACCUGCCGCCUCACGUCUCUCCAACAGUCCGCUCCUCCUCUGACCCGGUGUUCAGCGACUCCACCAGCUACCCACUGGCAGUAUCAGCUGAUGUACUGCACUACCUGAGGUCCAGCAGUUUGUGGUUGUAUGUGUUUGAUGACAGCGAUGACCAGAUACCCCCUGCCUACCUGGCCAAGACCCCCAUACCACUGCGAACCCUCGCUACAGGCAGGGAGAUCAGAGGUGACUUUGUUCUGAGGGAUCCAGCAGGUGGACCUCGGGGGAUGGUCAGGGUCUUGAUCAAAUGGAAGUUCCCCUACCAACCAUCUGCAGACACUGUGCUGAGCAGACAGGACAGAGGAAUGGAGAGCACUGAGAGGGAGGAGAGGGGCAGAGAGGAGGCUGAAGCAUCAGAGAGGCCUGUGGCCAAGCCCAGAGUGAAGAAUCAGCUAGUCGAGGAAGGGGACACUAAAGCAGUGCAAAAAGAGCCUAAAGCUUUGGCUCGCCCUCCACCCGUGAAACAGAAAAGCUCACAGAGUAUACAGCUACAGCAACCAAUCUCUGUGAAACCACUGGACACAGGCAGGAAGAGAUCCACCAAGAGGUCACCUGACCUUUACCACGACACACCGCAUCUGACACCUGAGCCACGCCCGACUACGCCCUCCCUUUUGGCAACAAGGAAAUCUUCACCCACCACACCAUCGAAGAAAAGCUCUGCCAGUGAUGCCAGGACUCAGGACCUUCUCUCUGUGGAUCAUGUGUCCAUGGAUGAAGAGGAGAAGGAAGAGGAGAGGAGUGAGAGUGCUGCUAAAGGAGACAGUGAAGCCCCAGAUUCUUCCGAGUCAAGCUCCUCAACAAGCGACAUUAUCAUCAUUCCACCACAAAGACACAUUAGGAAGGGAGACAAGCUGAGAGUGGAGAUUCUGUCCCUGUCGUUUGAGCCGUCCUCACACGUGGUGAAGGACAAGUCAGUGCAGCGCGUUUAUGUGGAGUACCGCCUGCUGGGCGUCCCCAUGGAGACGACAGAAACACCCAUGUCCCUCCGCAAACCCAGAAAGGGAGAGGAGGUUCACUACAACUUCACACGAGUGAUUUAUGUGGAUGGUUCACAGUCAGCUCCACUCAGGCAGUAUCUCUACACCAUGUUGGAGGGCACUGACCCCAACCAGGGCAGGUUAAAGUUCACAGUAGUCAGUGAGCCGAUGGAUGAUGAAGACGAGUGUGUGGACGUCGGACAUGCUUUCCUGGACCUAAAGGAGCUGCUCCUUACUGGAAAUGAUGUAAACGAACAAGAAAUUGAAGUUGUGAGUCUGGAUGAAGACAAAGAGAUGAUAGGAAAUCUGAAAGUGUCUCUGGAAGCAGCGAAAGCUCUGAGUGGGAUAUACCAGGAGUUUCACCAGAAAAUAGAAACCGAGAAAGAAGAUGACACUGAUGAUGAAGAGAAGCAGGAGGAAGAGAAGAAAAAAUAUGACAUUUUGAUAGAGUAUGAUGAUGAUAGUGACUUCUGAAAGAGUGAGAUUAACAGCGAGGUUGUGUUUUGUGUGAAUGUGUUUUAUUAAAUUAUUUUAAGCAUGUUCAACACUUCCCAAAACCUUUUUUUUUCUUUCUUAUUCAUAAUUCAACUAGGAUUCUUAAUCAGAUCUACACUCAUUGGUAAACAUAACAGUGAAAUUAUUUACAAAUUCAACUUUCAGUCAAAGUUUGUAUGUCCUGCUUCUGCCAGUAAGAAUAUUUAUAAAAAUUUAUAAAAAUAAAUGUGUUGGCAUUUUAAAA